CCGCGUAACUCGGAAGAUGAGGACCACAGCUCUGUGGUUGUCCCCACCGUCCGAUAUUUGAGAGAAAGUCCUUGACGUGCGUAAAAAUAUGCCCUCCGUGGAGGCGCGUAGGCAGCCCCAGAUAGAGGUAAGCCCCCGGCGGGCCGGCCAGGAACUCCUUGACCCACGGCCAGCAGCGGGAGGGGGCGUGUCCUCCCCUGACCCGCCGCCUCCCUCGCCUGCCCCUAUAUCUUCCUUGGCCAGGACCACGGCGACAAGCGUGUCUUCAGCUCUGGCCCUUUCCAACGCCAAAGGGGAACAAGGAGCGAAGCCGCCUCGGGGAUUGGAAAGGAAGAAUCACGCUCGCUAAGGCCGAGGAGGGCGCCCGCUCGGGACGCGCGGCACCCAAACCAGUCCUCGGCUUCUACCGCCGCCGCCUCGCUCGGCGUUUUGCGGGGCGUUUCGCGGUUCGACGCCCCUGCGGCGCUGAGCUCUGUGCGGGAGAGCGAGCUCAGGGCUUUGGCGGCGGUCGGUGGAAAGGACCUUCCUGCUCUUUCUCUCUUUCGCUUUAAAAACUAAAUGGUCGCCGGCCGCGUUCAGAGCAGGGUCAUAAGACGAAGUGAGUGGGCAACGCCAAGACACCCCGGCGCCGGAUUCCUGCGAGGCGACGCCUGCUGCUUCUACCGCUACUGCUUGUGUUGGGCUGCCAAAGGGAAGGAAGGAAGAAAGGAAAGAAGCGGAGCCAUGGGGGUGCCCGUGCCUGGAGAGAACGGCCCCUUGGGCGCUCUCUGGAAGAGGCUGAGUGGUACCUUACGACCGGAUGACAGCCGGGGCGGCCGCGGCCAGCGGAGCAUCGACGAGAUGCACCUGUUGCAGCAGAAAAGGAUCUGGGAGUCUCCACUUCUCCUGGCUGCAAAGGAGAACAAUGUCCAGGCCAUUAGGAAAUUUAUUUCAGAUGGUUCCUGUGAUGUUUUCCAAAGAGGAGCUGUGGGGGAGACGGCCCUCCACAUAGCUGCUCUCUAUGAUAACACAGAAGCUGCAGAGGUUCUCCUGGAGGUAGCUCCAGAACUCAUCAAUGAGAAAAUGACAUCAGAUCUCUAUGAAGGUCAAACGGCUCUCCACAUUGCAGCAAUCAAUCAAAAUAUAAAUCUAGUGAAAUGUCUGGUCAAGAAAGGGGCUCACAUCUCCACUCCCCGAGCUACAGGACUCUUCUUCAGGCGCAGCUCCAAAAGCCUCUUCUACUUUGGGGAGCACAUUUUAUCCUUUGCGGCCUGCACCGGAAAUGAGGAAAUUGUUAGUCUAUUGGUUGAAAAUGGAGCUGAUAUCAGGGCACAAGAUUCUCUAGGUAACACUAUUCUUCACAUCCUGGUACUUCAGCCCAACAGGACAUUUGCAUGCCAGAUGUACAGCCUGCUGCUCACCUAUGACAAACAAGAGGGGAGUCUGGGACCUCUGGACUCGAUUCCAAAUCUUGAGGGCCUCACUCCAUUCAAACUGGCUGGAAUCGAGGGCAACACUGUGAUGUUUCAGCACCUCAUGCAGAAGCGAAAGCAUGUGCUGUGGUCCUUUGGGCCUGUUAACAGUGUUCUCUAUGACCUCACGGAAAUUGACUCCUGGAGGGAAGACCAGCCUUUUCUAGAACUUGUUGUCUCAACCAAGAAAAGAGAGGCUCGUCAUAUCCUAGACAUGACCCCAGUGAAGGAGCUUGUGAAUCUGAAGUGGAACACAUAUGGGCGUCCAUAUUUCUGCUUUCUGGCUUUAUUUUAUGUCCUUUAUAUGAUUUGCUUCACCCUGAUCUGUGUUUAUAGACCUCUGAAAAAAAGGGCAGACAACCGAACGGAUGAACGGGACAUUACCAUCGCCAUGCAGAAAACACUGCAGGAGUCGUACCUGAUGUAUGAGGAUUACCUCAGGCUGGUGGGAGAGCUGAUCACAGUGAUAGGAGCCAUGGCAAUUUUGCUCCUAGAGAUUCCAGAUAUUCUAAGAGUUGGAGCUGCUAAGUAUUUUGGACAAACCAUCCUGGGAGGACCUUUUCACAUCAUCAUCAUUGUGUACGCGUGUAUGAUCCUGGCGACCAUGGUAAUGCGCCUCACGUCCACAGAUGGAGAGGCGGUACCCAUGUCCUGUGCCUUGGUUCUGGGCUGGUGCGACAUCAUGUAUUUUGCACGGGGGUUUCAGAUGCUUGGGCCCUUCACCAUUAUGAUACAGAAGAUGAUAUUUGGAGAUCUUAUCCGCUUCUGUGGGCUAAUGGCUGUUGUGAUACUUGGCUUUGCAUCAGCCUUUUACAUCAUCUUCCAGACAGAGGAUCCUAGUGGUGUGGGACACUUCAAUGACUACCCCAUGUCUCUGUUCAGCACCUUUGAGCUGUUCCUGACCAUUAUUGAUGGUCCUGCCAACUACGAAGUGGACCUGCCUUUCAUGUACAGCAUGGUGUACUUUGCUUUUGCCAUCAUUGCUGCUUUGCUCAUGCUGAACCUGCUCAUUGCCAUGAUGGGAGACACCCACUGGCGGGUGGCCAGUGAACGGGAUGAACUUUGGCGGGCACAGGUUGUUGCCACAACUGUCAUGCUUGAGCGGAAGCUCCCACGAUGCCUCUGGCCUCGUUCUGGUAUCUGUGGGCAAGAGUACGGACUAGGGGACAGGUGGUUCCUCAGGGUGGAAGAGCGUCUGGACUCCAACAAACAGAAGAUGCUUCGCUAUGCAGAGGCCUUUAAGAGCCAGGACAAGGAGGAUCUCGAUAAAUUAUCUGGGAAGCUAGAACUGGGCGAGCAUUUCCAAUUCCAGAAGGAACCAUCUCCAACAGUCUCACGGAGCACGUCUCAGAGUAGUUUCCACCGUGGUUGGCAAAUCCUACGGCACAACACCUUCAGCCACCUUCGUGGAGAAGUGAACCGUGCCCUGGAAGAAGAGGUCUAUCAUGUCUGAAAUGCCUCUUGACUGACUGUACACUACUGGUGCUUUGUACUGCAUCACUAAGUCCUCCAGGUGCUGGCGCGAUCUUGUUCCUGCAUUAUCAGACAGCAUUCAUAGGAACAUAAGAGGAGUCCCAUUGAAUCAGGCCAGUCUAUCAACCUGCUCACAACGGCCAGCCAGAGGCCUAUAGGAACCGUGAAAGCAGGACCUGAGCACAACAGCACUCAGUUCUUGUGAUCGCUGAGCUCUUUCAUCAUAUCCCUGCAUUGGUACUCCCUCACAACUGCGCUGUCUCUGUACAUCAGGGCAACGGAACUGAACAAUUUUUAUUGGGAUCUGCAUCUCCUUCCUGUAGAAAUCAUUCUAAGGAGAGCAGUGGAGUUAUAUCACCAUCAGAAUCUUGUAGGAGUCUAGUUAUGACCUGAUCAAUAGUUCCUAUUUCUCAACAUGUUCUCAGGCAACAUUCCACAAAAACCUCCCUGUUACUUAAAGAGCUGGCUCUAUGGAAAAUUUAGAUCUAACAUGAAGAGAAUUUUUUGUUGUUGUUAAACUCAGGGAACUAGGUAAAGCUGACACAGCAGCUAAGCAGCCUGUCAAUAGCUAGCUAGUUAGCUAGCACUCUAGAGGAUCUUCAAGUGUAUGGAUAUCAUCAACUGAGUACAUUUUCCACACUUCUACCCUGGGAGGGACAGAGUGGGUUCUGCUUUUUGAGUACAGGAAGCUAGUGCACUUCAAGCCAAACAUACGACUGUGGAUUUAUCCCAGAUAGAACUUUCCUAGGGCCAUAUCAUAGAACUCAUUCGUUCUUGAAGGCCAUGAUUGAGGCCACUUUGAAUUCCUUUAAUAUUUGCUAUUGGGGGAUGUGGGGGGAGAGGGUUAUGAACUCAUUUGUGUUAAUGUGCAGCUGCCACUUCUCCUUGCUGGGGUAGAUUGAGACCUGUUUUGGUUAUACCAUCAGCUGUUGCCAGUUCCUGUGCACAUUUUAUGUGGGGAGGUGCUCCAUCUUCCCAUCAUCUCCAUACUCACCCACAGCAGUACUUUAUGAUGCCUGGUUAUGGUGGAAGAGCAAAUGUGAGGCAGGAUGCAGAUGUCUGGAUUGCAAUCCGGAUUGUGUAGCUGAUAGUGGUGGAUGAAAGUUCUUCCUCGCAGUGCAUCACCUCUUGGCCCCUUUUGAGUACUGUUGUCACAGAAUUUUGCUUAAAGUAAGUCUGGGGGGUUCAAGUAAAAUAGCCAAGGAAUUUUGGGCAGAGCUUUAAACGUCUGCAGAAUGAAACCUAGCAAAAUGUGUCUUUCUUGAAGAUACAGCUUGGGAGGAAGACUUGUCUUUCCACAAUAACAACUAGAGUGAGACUAGUGCUUCUGCAAUCUCCCUCCAGCUUUAUCCCCACAUAAGAAAAGCAGUGACUUAAGAUUAUUGCCUAUCCUACUGCAGAGUGGAAAGUUUUUCAUGUUCCUCUGUAGCAGGAGCAGUGAGGAGAGGUCUCCGCUGGCCAAAGGAAAUUCACUUGCGCUGCUAUUGUCAAGAUACAUUUAUACCACUUGCAGCAUCAAGUCAGUUUGAAAUAAAACCUUAACAUUGUUUAAUACCUGCUUUAUGCUAUGAUAGUCCCUGUCAUCAAAUUAGUUUGGGCUGUGCCUUCAGAAAGGGGGUUGUUUUUUCCCAUUUUCAUUCCCUGACUUGAAUUCUAUUUCCCGUCCAUGUUUUCCCUCAACUCAGCAGUUUCCAAACUGUGUUCUAGGCUAUUCUAGGGUUUCUUGGAAGCUUUUUGAGGUUUUUCUUUUCCCAGGGAGAAGAUGAGUAAUGGCACUCAAGCUUCCCUGAAAAGCGCCUUGUCCAUCACUACCGGUUUUCGCCAGGUGUGUCCAAUGGAAUAGUGAGCAGGUUUGGGGACAGAUUCUCAAUUUAUGCAGGGCAACAGUGACGCCUAAUAGACUAGGCCAGUGCCCCACGUGAAUGGGGUGCACAUCCUGAAGAUCCACCCCAAACCUCUCUCAAGUUUUGUGGCUGACAUACUGCAGGGUUGAGGGAGGGCUGUAGCUCAGUGAAUAGAGCACACGCACUGCAUGCCAAAGGUUCCAAACUAAGUCCCCAGCAUCUCCAGGUACAGCUGGGAAUGUCCCCUGUUUGAAACCUUGGGGAGACACUGCCAGUCAGUGUAGGCAUUACUAAGCUAGAUGGGCCAAUUCUCUGAUUUAGUACAAGGCAGCUUCCUGUGCUCCUGUGGUGUUCCUUGGCAGGGGGGGAUGAUGUGAAAAGACUUCUUUACAUGGAGGAGUAGUGUUUGGAAAGCUCUGCAGGUGAGCUCUGCAGGAUAAGGUGAAUGAAUGUUCAUUAAUGCACUCUGAUGAGGCGAGUUAGCCUUGGGUGGGCUUGUUCACAUCUCCGUUUCCAGAUAUUCCUCCUUAUGUUUGGGGAUUUUGCACUAUAAGUCUGUGAAAAUGAGAAAUGUGAUUUGCACAUAUAUAAAAAUUGUGAACCAUGGUAAUAAUGGUUUGUGCAUUGUUGGUAAUUUCUUUUUAUGUCUUAAUAUUUGGGAAGAGGAGACUGUGUUCAUCUGCCUUUAGAUUAUUUCCAAAGGAAGCCUGACCCCUUAGCUAGUAAGAAAUGCCUCGGCUCUCCUUACAGUUCCCCAAAAUUUACCCUACACCCAGAACAAUAAGCUUGGUUUUAUUUUUAUUUUUCCUUAAUAAAUGUUGAAUUUGCAUUCAUACUCACUGUAAUACAUCAGAUGUUCUCCGUUGGGAAAUGGGGUGGAUUGCGGGUUUUGGAAUUGUGAAGAUUUUUUGGUAUAUAUAAAAAAAGCAGUCAAAGGCUGCAACCCAAUGUGUACAUUUUUGGGAGUGGGUUCAAUUUAACAUCAGUGGGAUUUACUUCCGAGUAAAUAUGCCUAAGAAUGA